UCAGCUAUUACUAUAACAAACGGAUAUACGUACGAGUCAACGGCAUCCAGCAUACCAACGACCACCUAGGCAGAUAGAAUCCGGGAAUACGCCUUCUGCCCGAACCCUUGCGCAGCACUACCCUCCCUCCUUCCUUCCCUACUCGAAUCACUGCUCCGCCGAGUCUCGGACACCCGUUCGACACCAUGCGUCAUACAGAGUGUGAGGCCACUCAGCACUUCCGGUCGUAUCUCGGCCAUGAAAUCAUGUGGAUAGUCACCACCGCUGCCUUGGCAGUCCUUACCAUCCGGCGGUAUGUGCUUGCCGGUCAUCGAAACGGAAACACCAGGUCUGAGGGAGAGACUGCCCCGAGCAUGCCGGUGGUGGAGAACGAACCGGUGACAAAUGACGACGAAGAGAAGAAGGAGGAGGCGUUUGAGAAGUUCCUGAAACGGCACAUCUGCUUGCCGGAUUACGAAGAGAUCGUCAGGAGGGUCUUGAGAGAAAAUGAAGCCCAGAAGAGGGAGGACGCUCGGAAGAAGUCUCAGAUGCUUCUGCUCCAGCAGGAGAAACGCUCGGAAGAAAUCGAGGAGAGAAAGAAGAAGCUGGUGAAAGUAGAGACGAUCAGAGCAACCUCCACGAAAGUCUCGAGCGGGUUCGAGGAAGAGAAGGAGGCCCAAGAGAAUUUUGAGAUAGAGAUGGCCAAAAAAAGGAAUAUGCAUAAUGUGGUCGAGGUGUGGAGUAGAAGAACCUUGGCUACGAAAGAGGUGGGGGGAGAGGAGAGGGAGAGGCUUUUGAAGAAUAUCGUGGCCGACAAGUGGAAACUGAAACUCGCCGAGAAAAAGAAGAUUGAGGAGAACAACAAGAUGCUGAUCGAGAAACAAAAGGCCGCCGAGGAAGAGAAGGUAAACAAGAGAAGGGUACACGUCCAGGUGGCGGCCAAUAAGUGGAUGAUCAAAACGGCGGAACGCAAGCAGGCGGAGGACAAGAUAGAUGUUGAAAUCGCGUCAAGGGCCGCCGAGGAACAGAGAACGAGGGAAAGGGUGGUAGUAGAGCUGGAUGUAGCCGAAGAGAGGAAUAAGAGAAGACAACGUGAAUGGGUUGAGGAAGAGCGAAAAAAGGAGUGGGCGAGAAUUGCGAGUCAGGGUAGAGAGGACAAGUCCGGGGAUACCAAACGCACUCAGCCACAGUCUGAUGGAAAACAAACGGUCCUUACGGUCGAGCAAGCAAUGGAGCCUUGCAAGCAGCUUGGAGAAGGGCAACUCCUAUCGAAGCUCAACAUCGCGCUACAUACUCAACACAGCGUCAACACGAUCGAGGGUCUUACGGAAGCCCUUCGUUAUUGCAUUUCCCACGAUUACGACUUCGGUACAGCAUAUGCCCUACUCCGGAAUGGUUGGGAACGGCUCGGCGAUGCGCAUAGCAGCUUGACGGAUAGACUCGCGGUCGAAGAGAUCGAUAACCGGAGACGAAAAGGGGACAGGGACAUGCUGAAAAGCGAUGAAGACGGCCACCUUGCCAUCAUCGACCCAGUCACGGUUAAACCGAGAAGGAUCUGGGAUCUUUUGGCGCAUCGGGUGGUUCCAUACGACUCGGUUGACGCUUUUAAGACCAAGAAGCCAUGGGCCAUAUCACAUAGCUGGGUGGCCGACAUAGAGACGGUGAUGACGUCGGUCAACGGAUUCGAGUGGCCGGUACCCCUACCCAAGGACGUAACUCUCGAAGCCGUUCGAGACGAACUGUUGGAUGCCGGCGCCGAGUACUGCUGGCUCGACAUUCUUUGCCUGAGACAGGUAUCCGAUUCCAAAUCAUUCGAGCAUCUACGGAGUUUGGAAUGGGAGAUCGACGUGCCGACCAUUGGAAACGCGUACUUGGGAAACGGCAAGGUGGUUCGAUAUUACAACGGUCUCGGGAGGCCGUUUGAAACUUCUGGAUGGGGCGACGUUCACCACUGGUCAAACCGCGCAUGGACUCUCCAAGAGUUCAAAAGCGAGUCUAUUGUCGGAGGGGUGGCUAAUCCGGCGGGACUUCCUACACGCAAGAUCGCCGAUGGCCGAUUCAGUGGCCAGUCGAUGAAACAAUACGAAGCCCAUUGGGACAGCAUCUCGAAGCUCUUGGAGUACCGGACGCCCACUACUCCCCACAGCGGUCUCAAUGAAAACCCAAAUCGGGCAAUCAGAACCACCUGUUGUGGUUUUUUCGGGCUGCUCAAGGAAAUGCGGGAACGCUAUGCUAGCAACGAGGUCGACAAAGUUGCUGGGAUCGGCUUCCUCAUGUUGCCCGCGUCGCUGCCAGCAUUCUCAGAGCGCACCACGCCCGAAGAAGCAUGGACUCGCUGUGUUCAUCACAUGAGUUCAGCGAUGAGGGACGAGCUUCUGUUCCGGUUCCCCGCUCCCGGAGAUGGAGGUCACUCGUGGUUUCCAUCGUGGAAGCAGAUUCAGGACAAAAGGUACGUGCUGCCCGAAGACCGCCCGGGAAGCUUGGACGAUAUUAGUGAUCGGCGCUCGGGCUUGACAAACCAUGUGCGUCGUUCCGCCACCAGUUACACGUAUUUCGGACAUCUCAUCGAGAAAGGCCAUCUCGUGGCGCAGCCGACCGGCGAUAGGAUCGAUGGUCCGAGACGGUGGGCCGUGACGGUGGAGCACGGUGGACGGAAAUUGAAAUUUUUCGUUUCUGCGAGACACCAUGUUGAAAUUCCUGAUGGCGAAUACUCGCUGGUGGGCCGGGUCGGUUCCAAAGACUUCAUCGUGUGUCGGUAUGAUGAGACCGCAACUGUCCCCGGGCUGCAGAAGGUUUCUGUCGUAUCGAUGGAUAGCGACAAGGUUGACCAGUCAAUCUUGUUGAACAAGCCGUGCAGAUUCGUGUAGUGAACGAUACGGGAAUUCCUUUCUAUUUGCAUGUGUUUUCUUUUCUCACCUUUGUCACGACGAUCUUGAGAGGUGGAGUCACUUUAUGUAUGGACGUUCUAUUUGGGUUCCUUCUGGUUGUUAAGCGUGCUUACAUAAGUUGUGCUUUUCCUUUUCUGUUUGAGCUAGAUCGAAUGCAAUAUAGAGUACAUAGAGUUCCGCAACCGACGUCCCAGCUCCUCGAUGCUCGAGCUGGUUAGAGAUGGGAUGAUAUGGGCUGCAGACAGGAUUAGGAAGCGUGCAUGUACAUAUACCGCCAUAGUCUAGAUACAGUGCUGCACGUAUGAAUCAAGA